AGAGCAGUAACUUUCAUUUGAAUUCGUUAAAGAAAUAUUGUUUGAAAUUGAAAAUUAUGUUUAUCGUAAAAACGAGUUUGCUAUUGUCGACAUUUUUGUUCGCCUCAGGUGGCCUUGUUGGCUUUGAACCAAAACCCAAACUGGAUGGACGAAUUGUUGGUGGAUUUUUAAUUGACAUCAAACAAGUGCCGUGGCAAGCAGCAUUUGAGACACGCGACAGUCAUCAUAUUUGUGGUGCAUGUAUCAUUUCCGACCGAUGGUUGUUAACUGCAGCACAUUGCUUGGCAGAGUCUAUGGUCCCGUUGGAGAGUCUUAUCAUUCGCACUGACAGCUCGGUGUCCGGUGAAGGUGGCACGAUACACAACAUCAAACGAAUCAUUCCUCACGAAAACUAUAAUCCACAAACUAUCGAAUACGAUUUUGCGUUAAUUGAACUCACCGACUCAAUUGAAUUUAAUAAUAAGCUAGCAAAACCAAUUGCAUUGCCAAAUGCAUAUGAAAUUCUGCGUGAUGACACAAUGUGUCUUGUGAGUGGAUGGGGCUUAACGCUGAAGGAGACCGAAUCAUCGAAAUACCUUAGAGGUGUUGAAGUUCCAAUUGUAAAUCAAGAAAAAUGUCGGAAGUUAUAUCGCGGUUUUAUCACGUCAAGUAUGAUUUGCGCCGGUUAUGAUGAAGGAAUGAAAGAUGCAUGCACUGGUGAUUCGGGCGGUCCACUUGCUGCUAUUGAUGAGACCGACGGAAGUGCCGUCUUGAUUGGUGUGGUUAGUUGGGGAAGCGGAUGUGCACAACCAAACUAUCCAGGUGUUUAUGGUCGGGUUGAAACAAUACGCGAUUGGAUUCAUGAAAUGACUGGACUUUGAGAUUAAUUUUGAUGCUUGCAUUUUUUUAUAAUAAAAUAAAGGCACAUUUGUUGAAGCAA